ACUCCAUGUCUGCAUCGAUCAGAUCCUCAAUCUCAACUUCUCAGCUUCAGGAUAUCAAGGUGUCUAGCGACGACGUACUUCAAGCUAUUUCUAACCUAAAGAAUGCUUGUUUUAGGCAUGGCUACCUGCCACAGUGCAUCCGGGAUUGUGUUAUCGUUCCUGUCCCUAAAAGCGGGAAGGAUCCAACAAGCAGUACCAAUUAUCGC